AUGUCGGAUGCGGGCGAAAGUACGGGAUCGGGCACCGGAAAGCAGGAGCUGAGCAAAGACCAGUUGAAAGUGUUGCGCGAUGCGUUCAAUGCGUUUGAUAAGGAGAAAACGGGCAGCAUCUCGACGGACGUAGUCGGUACCAUCCUGGAGCUGCUCGGCCACAAACUGUCCGAGGAGGAGCUAGAGGAUGUGAUCGAAGAGUACGACGAGGAUGAGUCGGGUCAGCUGGAGUUUGAUGAGUUUGUGGCGCUCGCUUCGAACUACGUCGAGCCUGAGGAGGAUUACGAUGCACUGCGAAAGGAGCUGCGCGAGGUGUUCAUGAUGUACGACAAGGACGCCAAGGGAUACCUGCCGGUUGAAGAAUUCAAAGCCAUCCUCCGAGAACUGGAUGGUGCAGUGCCAGAGGAAGAACUUGACGACAUUGUGGACGAAAUCGAUGCCGACGGUUCUGGUACAGUAGACUUUGAAGAGUUUAUGGAAGUCAUGACAGCUGACUACUACGCGUAA